UUCUGUUAGCCGUUAACUUUCAGUUUUCUCUCCAUUUUUUUUCACAAAGCCACCAAUUCAAUCUCUUUCUCUUACAUAAAUACUACUAUUUCAAAACCCUAAAUAAACAAAACAAAUUAUCCACCCACCCAACCCAUUGACCUUCUUCUCUCGUAGGUUUCGCCUUAUUCCUCACGUUUACCACUCUCUUACCAAAUUCUCUAUUUCUAUGUACACACCACCAUGUUUCCUCAUUGCUCCCAAUCAUGAAUUCUACCUCUUUCUCUUCCUCUUCCUCCUCUGAAUUGGCUUCUAUAGCCACCGGUGAUCAGAAUGCAGCCCGUAGUCGGAGAAGCGGCGAAGUCGCGGCGGCGGACCAAUCGCGGCGGUGGCAUGAUGUUUUUUGGUUAGGAAUAUUUGUGAUUCAUUUGGUUGGCCUGGGAUUCCUUCUGGGGGUUUUUGGGCUCAAUAGGUUUGAAAAAGAGAAUAGACUUAAUAUUGAUAAGUACACCUUUCGGUUAUCUGAGAAUGAAGCCGGGUUGACAGAGACUUAUUGGCCCCUAUAUGCUGCUGCUGGUGGAGUUGGAACUGUUCUUGGAUGGAGUUGGUUGUUAUUGUUGGGUUCCCAGGCUACUCAAAUGAUGAAGUUCUCUAUUCACAUACUCACCACUUAUCUUGCUGUCAUCAGUGUUUUGUGUUUCUGGGCUGAGCAGAUUUUUUGGGGGGUUGCUUUUGCUAUUGGAGCAGCUUUGCAGUUCUUGUAUGUCAUAUCCGUCAUAGACAGACUUCCAUUUACAAUGUUGGUUCUGCAAAAAGCUGUGAAGAUGGUUUGGAAUCUUCCUGAGGUCAUGAGAGUGGCAUAUGCAUUUAUGGUUGUUGUGCUCUUAUGGAUGGCCUUAUGGUCAUUUGGGGCAGCGGGUGUUGUGGCUUCAAGCAUGGGUGAUGGUGGACGCUGGUGGCUUCUUGUGGUUUUCUCUGUAAGCUUAUUUUGGACAGGUGCAGUACUCUGUAAUAUUGUACAUGUUAUAGUGUCUGGGAUGGUGUUUCUUGUUCUUUUUCACGGCGGUAGAGAUGCAGCUUCAAUUCCUGCUAACUCCUUAAUGAAAUCUCUACAGUAUGCUUUGACAACAUCUUUUGGCAGCAUUUGUUAUGGCUCAUUAUUUACUGCUGCUAUUAGGACACUGCGGUGGGAGAUACGGGGAUUUCGAUCAAGGAUUGGCAAUAAUGAGUGUUUGCUUUGCUGUGUUGAUUUCCUUUUCCAUAUUGUGGAGACUCUUGUUCGUUUUUUUAACAAAUAUGCCUAUGUUCAGAUUGCUGUUCAUGGUAAAAGCUUCAAUCAUUCUGCCAGAGAUGCAUGGGAGUUGUUCCAGUCAACUGGCGUUGAAGCACUUGUGGCCUAUGAUUGUUCAGGUGCUGUCCUUCUAAUGGGCACUGUUUUUGGUGGGCUGAUAACUGGAACUUGCUCUGGUGUUUGGGCAUGGAUUAAAUGGAGGGACAGAGUUAUUAUGAUUGGAUCCACAUCCAUGCUGAUGGGGAUGGUACUGGUUGGAUUGGCAAUGGUUGUGGUGGAAAGUGCUGUUACAUCCAUAUACAUUUGCUAUGCAGAAGACCCAUUAUUGAUUCAUAGAUGGGAUGCUGAAUUUUUCAACCAGAUGUCUGAGACACUUCAUCAGCGACUUCAAUAUAGGAGUGCUCGAGCAGGGCAAGUUUUAAUCCACAAUCGACUCGAUGACCGUGUACGAGAAAAUACUUCUAUUUGA